AAGGCAGUUUACAAUCUAGAAGUCACUGAAGAGCAGUGUGGAAAGGCAAAGACGAAAGUGAUCAAAGAACGAAGAGCUAGUCAUGAACUCCAUUUUUCACGGAUUUGGGAUUAUCAAGCCGAGGUGUUUAAGCAGAAUAAAGACACUAAGUUUGAGAUCGAGACUAUUCCAGGGCCAACAAUAGGAAGCAAACAAAGGUUUUACCAUCUAUUUAUCUGUUUUGGAGCACAAUGUGAUUCUUGGAAACAAACAUGUAGACCAAUUAUAGGAUUAGAUGGAGCUUUUUUGAAAUGGGAUAUAAAAGGUCAUCUUCUAGCUGCGGUUGGUAGAGAUGGAGAUAAUAGGAUAGUUCCCAUCGCUUGGGCAGUGGUAGAAGUUGAGAAUUAUGUCAUUGGCUAUGGUUUGUGAAACUUCUCUCUGCAAGUUUGGAUCUUGGUGAUGGAAGAAAAGUGGCAAUCAUAUCCGAUAAACAAAGGGGUUUAGUUAAGGCUAUCCAUGAAACACUUCCACAAGCAGAACAUAGACAGUGUGCAAGACACAUAAUGGAUAAUUGGAAGAAAGAGAGCCAUGAUCAAGAACUUCAACGUCUGUUUUGGAAGAUAGCUCGGAGCUACACCAUAGGAGAGUAUACCGACAAUAUGGAAGCACUAAGGAGGUACAAUCCUUUAGCUUAUUCUUCCCUACAAGCUACCAACCCCCCCCCCCCCCCCCCCCCCCCAUCAUGGUCUAGAGCGUUGUUUAGGACUGGAUCAUUCUGCAAUGACAUUCUCAACAAUCUGAGUGAGUCAUUUAAUAGAACAAUUCGGCAAGCAAGGAAGAAGCCUUUACUAGAUUUGCUAGAGGAUGUAAGGAGGCAGUGUAUGGUGCGUAAUGCAAAGAGAUCUAUCAUUGCAGAUAGGUUGAAGAGUAGAUUCACCAAGAGAGCACACAACGAGAUAGAAAAAAGCAUAGCUAGCUCACAGCAUUGCAUCAGACACAUGGCUAGAAAUAACUUUCACGAGGUAGAGCUGAAUGGUGUUGGGUAUUCAGUGAACAUGAAUGAUGAAACUUGUGGUUGCAUGAAGUGGCAGAUGAUUGGGAUCCCUUGUGCUCAUGCCGCAUGUGUUAUCAUAGGAAAACAAGAAAAGGUUGAAUCUUAUGUGAACGACUUCUACACAACCAGAAUGUGGCUAGAAACCUAUAAGGAUGGUAUUAAGCCUGUACAAGGGAUGCCAUUAUGGCCUAGAUUGAACAAGCUUCCUGUCUUACCUCCACCUUGGAGAAGAGGGAAUCCUGGAAGACCGAGUAACUAUGCUAGAAAGAAAGGAAGAAAUGAAACAGCUGCUUCCUCAAGCAAGAAAAAACUGUCUUGCAAAAGAAGAAUCAUGACAUGCUCAAACUGCAAGCAAGAAGGGCACAAUAAGUUGGUUGCAAGAAUGCUUUUGUGGAGAGUCCACAAAAGAGACCACGAGGUCGACCUAGGAAAGAAGAUCAGGAACAAGCUUCAGUGUUUCCACUAGGACAAGGAUCCCAAUCCCAACAGCCAUCACAAGGACAAGCACAAGGAUCCCACUCGCAACAACCAUCACAAGGACUUGGCUCCCAAACACAACAAGCAGCACAAGACCAAUGGCAAGGACAACAAGGAUCACAACUUGGAUCAGAAGGAUGGAGAUCAUGGCUUGGAUGUUAACAUCUUGUAUGUUGGCUUUUGUUAAGACUCUCGGGAAUUAGGAACUUUUUGUUGUCUUUAAACUGUGUGUCUCGUUUGUUAUUUUGUUGUCUUUGAACACUACAAGAAAACAAUCGUUUUCCAACAGUUCGUUACGACGGUUUAAAAAUCGUCGCAAAUAUAGAUUGUACGACGAUUUUACGUUGAAAAAAAUAUCGUCGUAACU